CCCGGCAGCAAUUCUUGAAUUCAAAAUUUGAGUAAAGCAAGCAAACAACAAGGAGACGCCAAUUAGCCAUGGAUUUGGAUGAUUGGGAAUUGAGCGUAGAGGAACUGGACAAUCUCGAAAGAGAUGCCCUAAAACAAAUAGCUGAGCGCAACGCAUCUUCUUCUGCUGCUACUACUAGUGCCGCGUCUCUGCAAUCUACACUCCCUUCUGCUUUUCCAGCUACAUAUAAAAGAGAAGAAUCGUCAUCUGCUGCACCUACAAUAAAGCCUUCAUCAGGGGAAGAUAAGGUCUCUGGAAAAAGCUCUGCUGGAAAUUCUGGGCCUCAUGAUGCCAAUCAUGUGAAACAGCUAAAAGAAAAGCGCUAUGUUAAAUUUUUCCUUCAUGCAAGUGGAAAUAUUGCAGCAAAGUUUUCAUAUGACCAGAUACUUGUUGAAGCUUGCCGUAAAAUCCCUAAAGCCAGUUGGAGUGCUAAAGAGAGGUUAUGGAUGUUUCCUUUGUCAUCGUUGUCCAUAGCAGAAAAAGUUCUUCGUGAAAUUUCAGGCUCCAAUUUGGAGUUGGAGAAUUUAGAUCCUCUGGUACAAUGUGCCGUUGCUGCUGCUUCUACGAUGCCUGACCUUCGAGAUCAUUAUGAAUUUAUUCCAAAUAAUAUUGAAUCAAAGCUGAUGCCUUUUCAGCGUGAAGGGGUCAGAUUUGCAUUACAGCAUGGAGGGCGUAUCCUAUUGGCCGAUGAGAUGGGACUUGGAAAGACUCUUCAGGCUAUCGCUGUGGUUUCAUGCAUCCGCGAAUCAUGGCCAGUUCUUGUUCUUGCUCCAUCUUCCUUACGGCUUCACUGGGCUUCUAUGAUUCAACAGUGGCUGGAUAUUCCAUCAUCGGAAAUACUUGUGGUUUUAUCUCAAUGGGGUGGUUCAAAUAAGGCAGGAUUUAAAAUAGUGCCUUCAAACACUAAGAAGUCCGUUCACCUUGAUGGUGUGUUCAACAUAGUAUCGUACGACAUAGUCCCUAAGCUUCAAGAUCCACUUAUGGCAUCAACUUUUAAGGUUGUUAUUGCAGAUGAAUCACACUUCUUGAAAAAUGCCCAAGCAAAAAGAACCGGUGCUUCACUUCCCUUAUUACAGAAAGCUCAGUAUGUGAUAUUGCUCAGUGGAACUCCUGCUUUAUCAAGGCCAAUUGAACUAUUCAAACAGCUGGAGGCCUUGUAUCCUAAUGUAUAUAAGAAUGUGCAUGAAUAUGGCAACCGCUAUUGCAAGGGUGGCAUCUUUGGAGUUUAUCAAGGUGCAAGUAAUCACGAAGAGCUGCACAGUCUAAUGAAAGCAACGCUGAUGAUUCGGCGACUGAAAAAAGAUGUUCUUUCUGAGCUCCCUCAGAAGCGGAGGCAACAAGUUUUCCUAGACUUGGGGGAGAAGGAGAUGAGACAUGUUAAUAGUCUAUUUCGUGAGUUGGAGGUCAUUAAGGGGAAACAUAAAUUAGCUCAGUCCGAGGAGGAGGCUAAAUCUCUUAAGUUUGCAGAGAAGAGCCUCAUCACUAAGGUAAGUAGACCACAAAUAAAUUAGGAGUUUAUAAGAGAAAUUUGCAGUUAGAACUCAAGUCAAAUUGGGGGACGGCAACAAUAUUCUGUUCUGGUAUGACGCGCUGCUUGGGGCACACACCUAAGUGUUUUUGUGUAAAAUGAGCGGUGUGAUUGAUGUAGAAAGCAUAAUGAGCUUCCUCAGUCUCCUAGAGUAAUAGGAGCUGAGUUUUUGUGACCUUGUUGUCAAAUCCAUGCACAAUUGUCCUAUAAAAAAGUGACAACUACUAAAAGGUAAUGCUAGAAGAACAGACCAUCCAAGAAAAUAAUGGUAAAACCACCUAAGAAUUAUCUGCGGUCUCAAAGAUCUUCAUAGUAUCUGGUACAUAGAAAGUGUUGUUUGAAAAAAAUUCAUGUUCAUGUUGGCUAAGUUUUAUUUGAUCAACUGGAAUACCCACAGAUUAAUACAAUAUGAGCUGAAUUGCUGUUGGCCCGAUAGGAUAGAAUAAUGCGCAUGAAACUUUUAUUUGGAGAAGUAAAUGUUAUAGUUUACAGAGAGCAUGUACUGGAAUAAACCUGAAAACCUUCCAUUAGUAUUAAAUUAC